CUCUGUGAGGAGGAGCUACUCUGGAUCACCGGGCAUGCAUACGGCGGACUGAAGACACAGAGAUUAACGGAGGAUCUGUUACAGAGAUUUAGAUAUCGGUGAUGCCUGUCAGACUGCCCAAUACAGUCUAAUCAUUAGGCUACAGCAGUCCGUGCAGACAGACCACAGCAUUGCUCCGACCAUCACUCUAUCGUGGAGAUAGGCUACACUCCGCAAGACCUGUCCCGUCGAAAACCCCACUCUACACGCAGGGGAAGGUGAGAAGAUGUUUCAGAAAGGAAGUCACAUAGAGUCCCUCUUCCUCUGUUUGUUGUUGGUGUCCUGUCCUCCCUGUCUCAGGUCAGAGUACAGUAGUUGUGGAGAGUUUGAGUUCUACAACCAGACCUUCAGUAGCUGCCGGCCAUGCCCCCCAUGCCAGCCUGGACAGGAGCCCCACAUGAACUGUGGCUAUGGGACUAAGGAUGAGGACUUUGUGUGUGUGUCUUGUCCGGCGGGGAAGUACUCAAAGGGGAAGUAUGAGAUCUGCAGGAGACAUAAGGACUGUGAAGGUCUGUACCGCGCUACAGUACUCACACCUGGGACACCAGACAGUGACGCAGACUGUGGACCCUGCUUACCUGGGUAUUACAUCCAGGAGAACCGGCCCAGGAACCUGUAUGGGAUGGUCUGUCACUCGUGUCAGAACGCACCGCGCAACACCAAAGAGUGCAUGCUUACCAAAGUCCCCAGUGUCUCAACCAGCAGUACCACCAUGUUCCCUCACCCUCACAAAGACCCCACAGGACAGGGUCACCUAGCAACCGCUCUCAUCAUCGCCAUGUCAACCAUCUUCAUCAUGGCCAUCGCCAUCGUCCUCAUCAUCAUGUUCUACAUCCUCAAAGCCAAGCCCAGCGGACAGGCGUGCUGCUCAGGUCAGGUGGUGAAGGCUGUGGAGGCUCAGACCAACAAACAGGAGGACAAGAAAGAUGUUCCAGACAACGUUGUAAUUUUCUCUGAAAAGGAUGAAUUCGACAAACUCAAACCCACGCCUCCAAAGACGGUGAAAAGUGAGAAUGAUGCAUCGUCAGAGAACGAGCAGCUGUUGAGUCGCAGUAUGGACAGUGAUGAAGAAGCUGCCUUGGAGAGGCAGGGGGCGGCUGAUCCUAACCCCAGCCUCUGUCUCCUGAACCUGGGCAACAAGCCGGACCUCUGCCUGCUCUCUCUGGGGCUUCUCGACAGGGAUAAGACUGGAUCCAACCCCACCAGUCCUAUCAAUGCUAACAACAUUAGCAAUGGCAAUGCUAACAUCAUCAAUAACAACAACUACAACAAGGCUACAGGGAUUCAGAGCCGGAGGAAGAAGAUCCUGGAUCUGUAUGCUAGAGCCUGCAGUGUGGCCGAGGGUCUGAGUCCUACAGAACUACCGUUUGACUGUCUGGAGAAGGCCAGUCGGAUGCUGAGCUCCUCCUACAGUAGCGAGGCAGCCGUGGUGAAGACCUGGAGACACCUGGCAGAGAGCUUUGGCCUGAAGAGGGAUGAGAUCGGAGGGAUGAGUGACGGCUUGCAGCUGUUUGAAAGGAUCAGUACCGCCGGCUAUAGCAUCCCAGACCUGCUCACCAGACUGGUGCAGAUAGAGAGACUGGAUGCUGUGGAGUCACUGUGUUCUGAUGUUCUGGGAGGAGGAGACACACACACUGUUCCUCUGACCUCACCACGCUGUGCAAGCGUCUGACUCCCACACACACAUGAACACACGUUUAUGCACAGAUGCAGUACACCCAUGUGCACAUACCCGCACACAUACAUUCACAAUCAAACACCCGUAGCCCUCCACAUGAAGAAUGCCACUAGGCCUUCCUAGAUUUCAGAUCUCUCUCCUUCUCCUUCAUCUCUCUGUCUCCCUCUGGCAAUUAACUUUGCGCUGGAUGCCUCGACAAAAGCUUUUUAUUAAAGAAAAUAUAGAGAUUUUAUAUAAAUUACAUUUUGUACAUAUUAUAAUAUGAGAUUUUGGAAAAAGGCAUAAUGGACCUCUUCUCUGCCAGGAUCCCCGUGGCCCCAGAUCCUCUCAUCCCCUCCCCCCUCCAGCGGUCAGCUGCUACCGCUGGCUCUAAUUGGUUGACUUGUGGCAGUCUGAUCUAAUAAUGUUGUGGUUUACAGUCAAGACUUUCAGCACCUAAUUAACCACUAAAACCAAUGAACCAGUAAAUACCAGAUGCCAGAGACCAUUAAAGAGGCUGCUUAGCUUAUAGACAGACUAGGCCUUCUGCAGCCUGAGAAAUGCAGGAAGACAGGACACCAGAAGACCCAGCGCUGCACUACUCUAUGGUCAGCCUGGCUUUGAUGCUAUGCUGGGCGAUGCCACAGGACGACAGCCAUUUUGUGCCAUUCAGCACAUAUCAGCUAAUGGUGAUAAGCUCCUAGCUAAAGACAUUUCAGGAACAAGAGAACGUGUGUUUGGUUUAUAUGAUUUAAAUGGUGGCUUUCUAUACCUCCAUGUAUAUUGUUUCUGUUGAUUGACUGGGGAGGCACAAUCCCAUCUCUCAGUGUGUCUUCACUGCUCUGGUGUUUCAAGUUAGCCAUGUUUAAAGGGUCUGGACUCCGGUAGUGUAUAUGAAUCAUAAAUGUGCAUGUACAAUGCUCAUCAUUUAGCAGGUAUCCAUAAUGGCUUCUUUUAGUUGAUCCUUGUUCAUUCCAGUCCAAACACAGCGUUACCGGAUGACUAGUAGUUUAGGUAGGUUGCUGAAUGACAGAAGAUGAUUGACUGUACUGUAUGUACAGAACCUGGUUCUCUUACCUCAGUAUCACAAAGCUCCACAGAUUAGUCUACAGAAACAAACUAUUUUUCAUGGAAACAAACGUAAGUGUAUAUAUAACUUAUUAUUGUACAUACUGUAUGCAUCAAUAAAGAAGUAUCAAUUUAAAAGUC